CUCCAUGGCGUGUAUGCUGGUUGCUUGAUGUGAGUUCUUGUCUUUAUAUGUAAUUGUUCUGAAUGUUCUCCAGCUAUGAGUUCAGCAAAGCCGUACAUUGGCUGUAAAAUAGGGUUAAUUUCAAAAGCCCAGAAUCGAUAUGAAGGGAUUUUGUAUACAAUUGACAAAGUGAACUCCACAGUAGUGCUGGCUAAAGUAAAGUGUUUUGGAACGGAGGGACGACCCACUGACAGACCAACACCACCCAAAGAUGAUAUCUAUGAGUACAUCACUUUCCGGGGAAGUGAUAUUAAGGAUAUCUCACUGUGUGAACCUCCAAGAUCUCACCAUGGCUUACCACCGGAUCCUGCAAUAAUACAGUCAUCCAGUGCAGGACAUUCCGGCGUCUACUCAGCUCGUGGACCAUUUAGCCCAGUGAGGAUGCCCGCCUACAACCAGCUUGCUGCCAGCUCUCUACUUAAUCACCAAUAUGCUGCAGCUCUUGGCCUUGGACAUGUGCUUCCAGGCUUACAGAUGAGAAGGGGCCCUAUGGUGGAAAAGGCAGUUCAAACACUCCAUGUGGAACGAUCUUGGCAGAGGAGAGGUUCCACUGCAUCCCAGGAGCAGGAUCAACGGUGGGAGAGAAGGAGGCCCCAGCGGACCAGAGGAGAGAGUUUCCAGACCAGAAAGGUCACUGGAGCCACCAUGAGGCCAGGCUCUCCUAUUCCCAGUGCUCAGCAGGAAACUCGGCAGCAAAAUAUUGAAAACAGGCCACUGCCAAGGAGACGACAAGGAGCUCGGAGGCGCAGGAACCGUAGUAGAGGCCAGCUGAUGGUGACUAACAUUCCAUCUGCUACCCUUAAGUUUGACACAGACUUUGACUUUGUUUCAUCGAAUGCACAGUUUAUUAAGGAGGAGCUGGAGAGGGAGAUCCAGGGCAGGAUGAAUAUGAAAGAUGGAGAUCCUGAGGUAGAUAAAGAAAAAGAGGAACUGCACUUGACUGCAGAGCAUGAUCGUUUUGGACCAAAAUUCUACUAUGAUAAAGCAAAAUCUUUCUUUGACAAUAUCUCUUCUGAUAAGAAGUUCAGACUAACAUGGGCAGAAGAGCGGAAGCGCAAUCUGGAGACUUUUGGGGUCCCUGGACGGUUCCUGAGGGGCCAAGGCUUCAGAGGUGGAUAUAUUGGACGGAGAGGACGAGGCAUGGCUCAGCCUUUGUCGUCUUACAGAAUGAGGAGUGGACAGCUGUAAAGGUCAGGAGUAUGUUACCAAAGCACAGAAAAACAACCCCCUUAUCAAAUGAUUGUUCCCAUUCUGUAGCAGCUUUGUUGGCACUGUAUGAAGGAUUGUGUCUUGUUUGGUUUGUUUUCCCCCUGAGGCACUUGUCCUGCCCUCAUAUUGCCAGAUUGUAUUUUUAUUUGUCCUUUUUCUUUUUCUUUUGCCCCCAUUUUGAAUAUGGAUGCAUGGCCCUCUAAAUAGUCUCUGUAUGUGACUUUGGUACCCUCACACACCCAUGUUUGCCAGAAGCAUUUUUGUUUUUUCAAUUAAAAGUAAAGUUAUUGUUUACUUUUUUUUUUUUUCUUGUACUUGACAUAAUUUCAUGAAAUGGAUUGGUUUCGUGUUUGAAGUAUCUGGCUUUUGCUCUUGCGAGUACUCCUCCUAAUUUGUACAUUUUAUUAUUUGUAAAAUAUGUCAAGGUAUCAUGAACUAAAAUAAGGCUUGCACGUUGCUUGCUUCUGUCAUAGAAGCAACAAGUGUGACUAAUGUAAAUAAACUGAAAACUGCUGAUA